AGGUGUGAGGCUGGACCUUUCUAUCUUACCCUCAGAGAACACGGGUUUUGUUCAUCAUCUGACUUUCUUUCGUCUUGCUUCUUGCUGGCGACAUGUCUCUGCCUGCAGCCCCUGACCUGCUGUCUCCUGUGUGAUGUGCACAGCUUUAUCAGCACUGCAGAAUGGAGAACUAUAAGAAGACGAAAAUUGUGGAGAAACCUUGUCUUCAUCCUUUCACCAACUUGCCCCCUGACAUCAUUGAAAUGAAGGUGAAGGAUGGGAGCAAAAUCAGGAAUCUGAUGGGCUAUGCCAUCAGCAAGAUGGAACUGGACUCGGUGAGGCAGAUCCUUUUCACUGGCUCGGGCAAGGCCGUCAGCAAGACCAUCACCUGCGUGGAAAUCAUGAAACGAAGGCUCAAAGAACUGCACCAGAUCACCAAAGUGCUCUUCAAACAGAUCGAAGAGAUCUGGGAACCCAUUGUGCCUGAGGCAGGCCUCGAUACCUUGACAGUGAAGAGAAACAUUCCCGCUAUAUGUGUCCUGCUCAGCAAAGACGCCCUCAAUCCUCAGGAGCCCGGGUACCAGGCUCCGGGCUCUUUUGAUGCCUUCUGGAUUGAGACACUUGCCGCAGAGUCCCAGGGGCAGGUGAAGAGGAAGCAGGGUGGAGGCAGGGGAGCCGGCGGCAUGGGGAAGCACCCUCGCUCCACUGGAGGAGCGCCUCGGGAGCCCUGCGCCAAGUCCUGACGCAGCAGCGCUGCGUUCGGGUGUAGUUUGGGGGAGCGUCGGAAACAAACCAGCUGCUGCUGCUGCUGGAAAGCUGCUGCUGAACACGGGGGCUUGCAGAGUGGUCAGGGGAGGGCAGGAGGAGUUCACCGUUUCAAUGGGCUGUGUCUGUAGGUGUCUGAAGCUGUGUUUUGACAAGUUCCCUUGUCAAAGGGGCUGCCAGGCGGUACACGUUAGGUGUGGUUCAGGGAUCACAGGAGGUGUCUGUGCUUGAGCAGUGGCUGUGGGUCUCUCACCAGUGGUGGUGCAGUGGCCCGGGCAGGAGCCGUGCACACCAGGCACUCUUUCUGCAGUCAGGAGGUGGCUCUCACUGCGGUGUGGAGGGGAGAUGGGUCCUGAUGUGCAUUCCCAGACAGUGGGGCACGGGGCUUCUCCCACUGAGUCCAUCUGCUGAGCCUGCAGGGCAGUUCGAACGUAGGACUGCAGGAAUACAACUCCACCUGCGUGCACACAGCUCCCUUUCUAUCCUUCCUUCUGCCAAAGUGGCAGGGGUCGGGUCGUGUCGUUACCAACCUGAAAUCCUGUACGUGUGUGAGUGCCCGCGGUGGUGGUAAGCUCCAGAGGACACUGUUCUUUCCCCUUUCUGCUCCUUUAUCAUGCACAGGGGUGGGUUUGAAAUAAAGUUUCCUGUUCAUGUAACGU